UUACAUCGUUUACAUUGAAUUUUAAGUUUCAAAUCUCAUUGUUUUUUAAUUAAAUACUUAAAAUCCUUUAAAUGUUAGUAAAGAAAAUUAUUAAAGGAAUAUUAGGCUAGAAAGUAUGCGUAAUAAUUUUUAUAGAUAGAAAUUGAAAACUAUGUUAAAAUCAUUCAGAUCUUUAAUAUUCUGCGACUUUGUGUUGAUUUAGAGGUUAUGUUUAUCUAACGGAGAAAAUUGUGCGUGAAUUUUCUCAUUAAAUUUGAAAUAUAUCUUUUUAUUUUCAAUCUUUUCAAUUAUGUCUAUUAAUUAUGGAUUUUGUGAUCUGUGCAUCAAUUAUGCUAAUGACGAUAAAAAACGUUUACGUGAGCUGUUAUUAAAAGUUUAUUCCAUGGGCUAUGAAACAGUUGCAAUAAACAGAAAUGUAGACGAAAGUAUUUUUGAAACGGAAAAGAAAAAAAAGAAGAAAGGUUUUUCAAACGAACCGACUGUUUGUCCUCUACCAGAACCUUUGGAAAUUGAAGAUCUUAUUGAAGAAUUUAGGGGAAAAUUGAAUAUAUUAUCGAGAAUAACAUUUUCUUAUUCUGAUCCUGUCAGAACGCAUUCUUUGAAUCAAUCAGCAAUUCUAAAAAAAUACAAUAUAUUUGCCGUACUACCAAAGAAUAAAAAUGCCUUUCAACACGCAUGUUCGCAACUUAAUACCGAUAUAAUAACCGUGAAUCCAACAAAUAUAGGAUGGAAAUUUACCAGAAAAUUAUAUAUGCAAGCAAUUGAGAGGGGAUUACAUUUUGAAAUUAAAUAUUCCGAAAUAAUUCAAUCGAAGACUCGUAAAUUUGCCAUGAAUUACUGUUAUUUACUGUAUACGUUUGGCAAAAGCAAGAAAGUAAUAAUAUCCAGUGGAACUGAUGAUGUGAAUUUAAUUCGAAAUCCUUACGAUAUAAUAGCAUUAGCGGCAGUUUUAGGAUUAAACGAAGUAAAAGCAAAGGCUUCAAUUUUGUCCCAGAGUCAGCAGGCAAUUUUAAAAUCUCAAGCAAGAAUUUAUGGAAAAUCUAUUUUUACAAUAAAAGUGGUACAAAACGAAAAUUGUAGUGAAGAUGAGGAUGAAGAAGAAGAAGAAGAAGACGAAGAAGAUAUGGAAGAGGAUAUGGAAGAAGAUUAUGAGGAAAGUGUAAUUAAAAAAAUGAAAUUGUAAAUAUAGGAUUGCCACAAAAAAUUAAUUUUGUUUUUCCCUGACUUCGACUCGGAGUCAUCGAUUUCCUCAUGUUUUAUAAUAAAUUUAAGAUG